AUGAACACCUCAUCCUCUCCAAACCCUGACAGUCCCCUCGCUGCAUCUACUGAUUUCCCCAAUAUGCCACCUCUCGCCUCCGACAUCUCUGACAAUGGCAGUCUCGAUCACGCUCCCAAUCUACAACUACUAGCCAAUAUCAGCAAGUACAUUACGGCAUCGGAAGGAUACAGCAGCGAUCCCCAAGAGUUUGUGGUCUACAGUGAUGACAUAAUUCAAUGGCCCUCCAAUGAUGUCACCCAAUACUGGCGGUCCAUUCCCUUUGACACCUCCACCCCAGCUCAAGAUGUUGACCCCUUGGGAUGCGCAUUGCCCUACUUUCCCGGAGCAUACACUACCACCAUCACUCGACCUCCUAUGGGUGUUCCCAUUGAUGUAGGAAAUUGGAACUGUUCGGACAAGGAAUGGGAGGAGGACACUUGGGAAUAUUUGCUGAUGCGAGACGACAAUCUGUUGGAAAGCCUUUGGGCAUCGCUCCAAGAUAUCAAGGACGCUGGAGUUACCAAUGAAGUUGAUCGCUUCAGGGCUGUGGACGCCAAGAUAGACCUCCUACUUGUGGCGCAAUGA